GCCGUUUCUCCGGGCGGGGCGGGAGGCGGAGACGAGGCGGGGCGGAGCGCGCCGGUGCGUGCGUGCGCGCGCGCCGCGGGCGGGCCAGUGAAGCCGGCGGCCCGGGCACGUGACCUGUCUGACUGGGUGGCUCGGUGGCUCCGUCUGUCUGUCCGUCCGCGGGUUGCCAUCAUGGCGGACGCGGCCAGUCAGGUGCUCCUGGGCUCCGGUCUCACCAUCCUGUCCCAGCCGCUCAUGUACGUGAAGGUGCUCAUCCAGGUGGGCUAUGAACCCCUGCCUCCAACAAUAGGACGAAAUAUUUUUGGGCGGCAAGUAUGUCAGCUUCCCGGACUUUUUUGUUAUGCUCAGCACAUUGCGAGCAUCGAUGGGAAGCGUGGGCUGUUCACAGGCUUAACUCCAAGACUGUGUUCAGGAGUCCUUGGAACUGUGGUCCAUGGUAAAGUUUUACAGCAUUACCAGGACUGUGAUAAGGUUGAGGAGUCAGGACCUGGAAAUGCACAGAAAGAAGUUUCAUUUUGCUUUGACCGAGUUAUCAAGGAGACUACGCGAGAGAUGAUGGCCCGUUCUGCUGCUACCCUCAUCACACAUCCCUUCCAUGUGAUCACGCUGAGAUCUAUGGUACAAUUCAUUGGCAGAGAAUCCAAGUACUGUGGACUUUGUGACUCCAUAGCAACUAUCUACCGGGAAGAGGGCAUCCUAGGAUUUUUUGCGGGUCUUAUUCCUCGCCUCCUAGGUGACAUCAUUUCUUUGUGGCUCUGUAACUCACUGGCCUACCUCGUCAAUACCUAUGCACUGGACAGUGGGGUUUCUACCAUGAAUGAGAUGAAGAGUUAUUCCCAAGCUGUCACAGGAUUUUUUGCCAGUAUGUUGACCUAUCCCUUUGUGCUUGUCUCUAAUCUCAUGGCUGUCAACAACUGUGGGCUUGCUGGUGGGUGCCCUCCUUACUCCCCAAUAUAUACUUCUUGGAUAGAUUGCUGGUGUAUGCUACAAAAAGAGGGAAAUAUGAGCCGAGGAAAUAGCUUGUUUUUCCGGAAAGUUCCCUUUGGGAAGACUUACUGUUGUGACCUGAGAAUGUUAAUUUGAAGAUGUGGGACAGGGACAGUGACAUUUCUAUAGUCCCAGAUGCACAGAAUUAUGGGAGAGAAUGUUGAUUUAUAUACAGUGUGGCGCGCUUUUUUAAUAAUCAUUUAAUCUUGGGAAAAUGGAGGUGUUUGGUGUCUGCCUUUUGUGUUCUUUUUCCCAAUGUAGCAUAAUUUACUACUGAUAUUUCCCCUUGGGUCAUUCUGAAAUGGGAUAUUUUUGCUCCAGACUCUAUUUAACUUAAACAAAAAGAAAAUUUACAUUUUUCCCUAAAUGGGCAAGCAAGUUGCCAUGUGCUUUGAGUCUCAUUUUAAAGCUUUGUAAAAUGAAGAG